GACUGUGUUAACAGUUGACAAGUUACAGUAAAUCAAAGAACUUAAACAAUCUAACCAUUCAGACAUACAUUCGUGGUUCCCACUGACAUGCGUCUGUCAGUCUCUUCUUUUUUUUCACUCUAUCACAUGUGAGAAACAGAGAUAAGGGCAAAGAGGAUGUGCGGUGACAUCCCACGGCGUGUAAACACUCACAGCGGAAGAAAACCGAUGGUGUGGUUAUGAGUCAUUUCUUCAUUAUUUCUAGUAAAUGAAGUACUUCCCUCUCAGCCUGUCUGUCUUAGACUGGCUUUACCACGUCAAGCAGGUCUCCUGACUGCUCUACAGAGCUCUGGAUGAUGUGAAGAUACACGGGGGGUGAAUAAAAACACUGAAGCUGAGUGAUGGCGGUCCUCUGGAUCCUGCUUUGGUCGGUGAUCCCUCGUCUGGUUCUCCUGUGUGGUCACUGUGGUGUCCAGCAAAGCAGCAGCUCACCAACCGAUCCAUCUCUGCUGGAGUCCUUACAGUGUUACAACGACUACAGAACCAAAGUCCACUGCAGGUGGAGAAGACAUGGGAAUUCAGACCUGCAGCUGUGGUUUCAAAUAGACACCAGCAGCAGUGAGCCGUGUGUGCCAUCCGACGUUCCGGACGAUCCCGGAUUUGACCACUGCACUUAUGAGACAUCUCCGUUUGCAAUCGGCGCCAGCCAUGCGCUCUUCUUCACCAAAAACAAGACAUUGAGCCUUUCCUCAGCCGACCCCGAGCCUGUGGCUCUCCUGCAGGAACUGAGAGCGCUCUCGCCUGUGAACUUAUCCUCAUACGAGGUCGGGGACGGAGGCCGACGGCUGCAGUGGGUGAGUCCGUACCCCUCCUCCUCCUCCCUGAAGCUCAAGUAUCGGCUCAGCUACAGGGCAGAGAGUGACGACCACUGGACGACUGUGAGCCUCACAGAGACGAGUGUGACACUUAAGCGUCCGUCCUUGCUUGAAGGACGCAGAUAUGAAGCCAGAGUGCAGGCUCAUGCCGGCGUGGGCCAGUGGAGCAACUGGAGUCCAGUGGUGACCUGGUCGACUAAAGACAACUCGGGACAAUUUCCCAGGUUGCAUUGUGUUCUGGACGGAGAAAAAGAAGUGCUGUGCAGCUGGGAGGUGAGCGCAGAUCUGGCGCCCAUCAUCACCUACCAGCUGAGGUGUCGACAGAAUCACACUGAUCGUUUUGAAGAUUGCUGCCUGAACCCCAGAGUGACCUCUGACCUCAGCGGGAAGGAAACGUACAGCUGCUCGCUGACCGUGUCAGAGCCUGAGCGUCUGCAGCUGGACCUCCUGCCAGUGCACAGAGUAAAAACCUUUCAAGUCCACCAACACAUUCAACCCAGCCCUCCACAGCAGGUGAAAGUGAAGGAAGAGGGCAAAAACUGGAUCGUGGAAUGGACUGAGUCCGCCUCUGCAGCUGAUCUCAGACUGUCCUAUCAGAUCCGGUACUAUAAGACACAGGACGAGGGGUCUUCUGUGCUGCUGAACAUUUCCGAGGGAUCCACAUCCGUCCUCAUCCUGGGAGACUCUCUUUCUCCACUUCAGGAUUACCAGGUUCAGGUCAGGUCACUUGUCGUCCCUGGGGAGGGCUCUUCCUACGAAGGAAUCCCCUCUGAAUGGACAACUCCUGUGACGUGGACCUCUAAAGAAGCCUCUUGGUCCAUCUCCACCCUGAUCUACAUCUUCAUCAGUGCGAUAGUUGUCGUGGUCUUCCUAACUCUCUACUGCACUCUCCCAGCUUGCCAAAGGAGAAUACUGCUGUGGAAAGAGUCACUCCCCUCUCCAGGAAAGAGCAAGAUUCUCUCUGAGAUCAUGUCACCAACCUGUCAGCUGGUCAAACAAAAUGAGAAGACUUGCAUUUGCAGAGUGGAACACCUCGACUCCGUUUCGACUUGCUCUUCAGAAGCUCCUCUGUGGCCCUCAAAGACCUCCGAGCAGCAUGUGGAUCAGAACCGAGAAUGCUGGCGCAGGGAUGACGUGACCUGCUGUGUUGACAAGAUGAACGUCUUGGACACGUCAUCUAUGAGCUUCAGCGGGCCUUACAUCUUCUGUCAGGUGUCUGCAUCAACGUCCAGUUCAGUGAAAACGGACCAUGGAGACAAAGAGACUUUGAUGGAGGUCUCUCCAACGACGGCUUUUCCUCACAACGGUGACAGCUAUGUGCGUCUGCCCAACGCAGGCCUCUCAAGGUCCACAGAAGAUCUGGCGUUUCACAGCAACACAAGCUCAGAAUGGUACCAGCAUGCUGAGCAGCACCAACACCAUUCAGACACCACACUGUGGCAUGUUCAGUCAAACGAGCAGCUCAUCAGUAGUCCGCCUCCGGAGUACAGUGCAAGCCCUUUCUCCCCCUGGCCUGAAGAGGGAGCCAUUCCCCAAUCAGGAUACUGCCACCUCCCUCCAGCAUUUAUGACAGCAGCGAAAUAAGAAACAGAAAAAUUCAAAAUCUUUGUCAGCCAUGAAGAAGAGAGUAAAUAGGUAAUUGUAUAUAAAUGUUAUACUAACAUUCACUUGAAAGUUGCACACUUUAAUAAAGCUGAUUAUGUUUUUUGUAAAAUUUGUUCCGUAUUGUUUUAUUUUUGUUACUUAUAGCUUAUAAGCUUUAGAAUGUUGUAAAAUCUGCUUUAAUGAACUAUACUAGUUUGUUGUCUUUAUAUAGUUUGGCUCUGUGUAUUAAGUUCUCAAAUAAAGAGUGACACAAGGCUUUUCUACGAGACUUUGAUUUUUUGCUGUUGGUUAGUAGAGCUUGCAUUUUUGUUAUCUCUUAAUAAUCUGCUGCUUCUUCUAGUUUUUUUUAUAUAAAUUUUGUUUUUUAAUUUAAUCCUUUAACAUCCGAGGCGUCGUUGGGGAUGCUUAAACAUACAAUCUUUAACAAACUGCAACUUUUCCACCACAAACAAGAUAAUUCCAGUAGAUUCUGACUCUUCAGAAUCUACUGGAAUUAAUGAAAAUGUUACAGUAAACCAAAGAACAUAGAGACUAGAGCUCCA